CAAUCAGUUUGAUUUGAGCCGUGUUAAUAAACGUAUCUUUAAGAUGCGAGACAAUAACAAAAUAACAACAGCGACCAAGACGACGACAACUAAACAAGUGUAAAUUACAAAUAAAUUCAGAAGAAAAAAAACAACUUGGUCACUUUUUUUAUACAAUACGGUUUCAGUUUUAUUUUGGUUUUGUUUUUUUAAAAACAACGAGCGAUUUUAACGAGUUAUUUUUAAUAUAUUGUAACUAAAUAAAAUCCUAAUAAAAAAAAUAAAUAAAUACGGAUACAAAAAAAAGUAUCUAACGAAUACGUGUUUAAGAAUAUAAUAUAAAAAAAAUCUAUAGAAUUAAAUUAACGAAUUUAAAAAAGCGGUAGUUAAGCAGCACAAACAAGUGUCAAAAUUUUUAUAAUAAAAAUAAAUAAAAUAGAGGAAGUUUGUUUAAGUUAUAAAUCAAAGAAAAAAGUGUAUUUUAAAAAUUAAUAAAAUUUAAAAAAAAGUAUCUAUAAGUUAAAGCUACACACUUACUCAUUUAACAACGUAUUUAACUUAAAGAUUUUUUUAUUACUAAAAACAACUUUGUGGUGGUGUUUAACAGCAACAACAACAACAAUAACAACAGCAACAAUUUGUAAACAACAAAAUAAGUUUUAAGUAACAGCAGCAACAACAAGAAGAAGAAAAAAAAUUGCUAUAAAUUAUUUUCUGAUCUUAUGACCUUGACUCCAAAGUCUGUCAGAGAAACAGCACAACAAAAAAAAAACAGAAAAUAACAUAAAACUUUGUUAUAAAAAAAAUAUACAAAAUAUAUUUAAAUAUUUCUUAUAAAAAAUAAAAGAAAAAAACAUCAUUUAUUUAAAAAAAAAACAAAACAAGUUAGUUGAAAAAAAAAAUAACGAAUGUUUGACUCAACAAUUAAGGAAACCCAGUCCAGUCAUCAAACUUCGUUUUAAAAGAAAUAAUAAUUUUAAAAUAAGAGAAAAAAAGUCAAGACAAGUGAGACUUAGUUUAUGUCAAAUGAAAUCAUUUUCAACUAAAUUUUAAAUUCUUUGAAUAGAAGGCGUUUUUCUCCCCCUUCCCUUACUCUCUUAAUCAAAACAAUUCUUCUAUAAAGUGCCAUAUAAAUUUUUUUUUAUUAAAAAAAAAAAAAUUAUCAAAAUAUUUAAUUUUAAUUAAAAAAAGUAAAUAAUUUUUUAAUUACAAAAAGUCAAAUAAAUAAAACAAAACGCAUUUGUUUACAAUUUUGUGUUUGUCAUGCAAUUUGAGUGAAUUUAAAUUUUCUUUUUAUUUUUGUUAAUUUUAUUAAUUUUUUUGUUUUAAUGAAAAAAUCAUUAUAAAUUUUUAUAAAUUUGAAAAUGUUCGCUCCCCGUAAUUCAUCACCAGUUGCCAUGUAUGGCAAAGAGGAAGUAGCUGCUUAUGAGAUAAAACUUAAAAAAGUUUUAGGACUCACAGUAUGCAGCAAUGCAGCAUUGGAUUGUUCACCCAUUAGUGGCCUGUUGGCCUAUCCAGCUGGGUGUACAAUUGUUUUAUUCAAUGCCAAAAGACAGACACAGGCCUAUUUGGUCAAUACCUCCCGCAAAGCAUUCACAUCGGUAGCAUUUUCACGCUGCGGACGUUAUGUAGCCACCGGCGAAUGCGGCAUAAAUCCAGCCAUUAAAGUAUGGGAACUAGAAGCGCCCAAUGGCAAUCUGGAACAGUGUACAGGCGGUAAUGUUAUAGCAGAAUUUGUUGAUCACAAAUAUGCCGUAACAUGUGUGGCCUUUUCACCCACUGGUAAAUAUUUAGUAUCGGUGGGCUCUCAGCAUGACAUGAUCGUUAAUGUAUUCGAUUGGAAAUCGAAUUUAAAAAUGGCCUCGAAUAAAAUUAGUUCUAAAGUAUCGGCGGUUAGUUUUGCCGAAGAUGGUAGUUAUUUUGUGACGGUGGGCAAUCGUCAUGUCAAAUAUUGGUAUUUAGAGGGAGGACGUAAAUACAAAGACCCCAUCCCUUUGAUGGGUCGUAGUGCCAUAUUGGGAGAUUUACGCGACAAUGAUUUUUGUGCUGUGGCUUGUGGUAAAGGUGUCACCGCCGAAAGUACAUAUGCCAUCACACGUCAGGGACACUUAGUGGAGUUUAGUUCACGGCGUUUGUUGGAUAAAUGGGUACAGUGUCGUACGACGAAUGCCAAUUGUAUAACUGUCAAUGGACAAUUCAUAUUGGUCGGUUGUGCUGAGGCUAUAAUACGUAUCUUCAAUGCCACCACCUUGGAAUAUGUAACCACAUUGCCGAGAACACAUUAUUUGGGUGUUGAUGUUGCUCAGGGUAUACAUAUCAAUCAUAUAAUGACGGUACCACCACAUGCUAAAUAUCCCGAUUGUAUUGCAAUGGCAUACGAUGAGCAGAGGUCUAAGGUUACCUGUGUUUACAACGAUCAUUCUUUAUACAUCUGGGAUAUGCGAGAUAUAAAACGUGUGGGCAAAUCACAUUCCUUUCUCUAUCACUCCACUUGUAUAUGGGGUGUUGAAACUGUGCCAUACAAUAUGGAACGUGAAAUGUCACCCACUCUGCCCGAAGAUUCUUUUGUGACCUGCUCUUCCGAUGACACCAUACGUGUGUGGGGUCUAGAGGGUUGUGCCAACAAUGAAAUCUAUCGCAAAAAUAUCUAUUCAAAAGAACUACUCAAAGUUGUCUAUAUCGAUGACGAAAUGAAUUUCAUUAAAGACUUGGAAAUUGUGAGCGAUAAAAGUGCUCCCAUACCCAAUUCCAGUUAUGAUGGACGCAACGGUGUACGUUGCAUUAAGAUAAGUCCAGAACUACAGCAUUUAGCUAGUGGUGAUCGUAGUGGUAAUAUACGCAUUUAUAAUUUAAACAAUUUAAAGCUGAUCACAACAAUAGAGGCUCAUGAAUCGGAGGUUCUGUGUUUGGAAUAUUCAAAUGAGAAAAUCGAACGUAAACUGUUGGCCAGUGCCAGUCGUGAUCGUUUGAUUCAUGUAUUUGAUGUGGCCCAGGACUAUAGACUACUGCAAACGUUAGACGAUCAUUCGUCUUCGAUCACGUCUAUUAAGUUUGUAGGCGCCGGUUUAAAUUUCCAAAUGAUAUCGUGUGGUGCUGACAAAUCUAUUAUGUUUAGAACGUUUCAGGGUAAUAUUUUCCUACGAGGUACUCAUACAUCUGGCAAAACUACUCUGUACGACAUGGAAGUUGACUCGAAUGCCAAACACAUACUCACAGCUUGUCAAGAUCGCAACAUACGUGUCUAUGGCACUCAGAAUUCAAAACAUACCAAAACCUUUAAGGGUUCCCAUUCUGAUGAAGGUAGUUUGAUUAAAUUGAGCCUGGAUCCGAGUGGCAUUUAUGUGGCCACUUCUUGUACGGACAAGACUUUGGCCGUCUACGAUUAUUAUUCCAAUGAAUGCAUGGCUCGCAUGUAUGGGCACAGCGAAUUGGUGACAGGCCUUAAAUUUACCAACGAUUGUCGUCAUUUGAUUUCGGCUAGUGGUGAUGGUUGUGUUUUCGUUUGGCAAGUGCCACACGAUAUGAUUGUUACUAUGCAGGCUCGCUUAUCGCAACAGAGAUUACGCUCUGGUCAUGCUCCUAUUCCCAGGCCUUUAUCGGCUGCUUUAGUGGCGCCCGAAGGCAUAAUAGUGGAGUCACCCACACCCGAUAUUGAUGUUGCUCACAAAUUCUCUUUAUCGCCCAGUAUUUUGCAAGGUGAUGUGCCUCUAACACCUGGUUAUAAACUCUCAGAUGUGGGUCAAUUGCCACAAUGGGCCAAGCGAAAAGCUGGAGCUGCACCAACAGCUGCAGCAGAUAAUGAACCGUCUGGCCUCAAUAUACCCUCCACUGCUAAUUCAUCCUCUAUGACUAACUUAAGUUCUUCACCUAGCCAGGCUGGUUUGGCGCAAAGACCCCGCAAUCGUUGGGCUCAACGUGGACAAAUAGAUGCCGACACUCUCACCGACAUACGCUCCAACUCGGAGAGUCCUCUAGGGAGUGUUUCGACAACAGCCGGUAUAGGACCAGGCUUGCAUGGCAGCGGUUUGGGUAAUACGCAGACAUCGGACUAUAAUAGUGCUUCCUCCAAGGACAUCAUGUACAAUCAGACAUAUUUAAGUGAAGACUCAUCAAUAGAUUCAGGUAUGGAAACAAGGCGAGAAUUGAAAUUUAUAGGCAGUAAUAAUACUGGUACCGUACCCACCGUAACAGCCACGGUAGCGGGAGCAAAUCGUAGCUCUGCAACACUGGUGGCCGAUAAACGUAAGCCUGGCCUUCGUUUCGAUACCAUAUCCAAUAAUGAUCACGAUGGCGACAUAGAAGAUAUAUCGGAUGGUGAGAGGACUAGUUCGGAUCAUGGAAUGUUCUACAACAACAUAUCACCCAGUACACCCACAGAUUUCAAAGUAACCGCCAUGAAUGAAGAGGAACUAAGAAAAUCUGUCAGACGGCAGAAAUUCGAGAAAGCUGGCCUAACCUUAAGUGGUAAUGGUUCACAUACAGCUAGUACUGGUACGGGCACAGGCACAUCGGAUACAGAAGAUGAAGGCUCUACACCCAGUGCUGAUAAUGCCGAUCGUUCAUUGGCCUCAACGCUGGGUGGCAGUUCAGAAAGUAUACCACAAGCAUCAAGUAGCUUUCUGCAAGCCGCUCUACCCGAUGGUCCUGGUAAUCUGCUAGAAAGAGGCAGUACUAGUCGCCGCAGCAUAAGUGCCAAACAUAAUAAUGAAUCAGGCAAACCUGGUAGUUCCGCCCCGCCCACUAUAACUAAAUCUUAUACCAGCACUAAAAAGGAAGAGCUAUUGAAAGUCAUUAAUGAAGCUAAACAAAAAUUGGAAAAUGGUUCACGUAAAAAUGGUGUUAAAAAGUUAAAUGCCAUACCUGAGGUGGGCUAUCGAUCUUUGCGUGGUAGUCACAGUAUCUCAGAUUUAAGUUUGGCUGGAAAUUUAGAUGGUUCCCGUUCAGCUUUAUCAGCAGCAAAUCGUUAUGCUAAAACGGGUAAUCCCAAGAAUAUACAUCCCAUGCCUGUUGAGGAAUCCUCCUCUAUACGAAGAGCCUGUUCUCUUAGUGAUUUGCAUAUGGGCAAUAUGGGUAAAAGUGGCAAAUCAGCUAGUUCUUCCCAAAAAACGGGAGCUGCUCAUCGUAACAGUUCAGCCACCCGAUCAGCCAGUAAACGUAAUAGUCUGCAAAAUAAAGGUUCUUCCAAUAAUUUAAGUGCAAAUGCUUCAAUGGGUGUACUAAAUCAAAGUGAUUCAGAAACUGAAGCUAAUAACAGAGGCAGAUCUGGUUCAAAUGGCCAAAGUAGGACAAAUGGACCAACUGCUUCCAAUCGUCCUUACAAUAACACAAAAACCAAUGGUAAUAAUAACCGCCGGAAGGGGGCUCUACAAACUAGUUUUAAUAAUGCACCUCCACAAGAUGACUCCAGCUCUGAAGAAACACAGGGCAGUUCUUCCAACACAAAACCUAUUGUGCCACCACGUCCUCGUAAUUUAGCUUUCGAUCAUAAGAACAAAGUUGUUAACAGUCCCAAUGUGGUGAAACAACGAGGCGUUUAUGAAGCUGUCGAAUUUGCUGAUUUAGAUAGCAAUGGAGAUCCUAAAUCUCAAGUUCAUAAUGUUAUUAAUAAAUUGUAUACCACUACACAAACCGUAUUACAAUUGCAUGCUAAUUUACGCAAUUGUGAGGAUUCUUUAAUGCUAAAAGAAUUGGAGAAUGCUGUGAUUAUGACACAAAAUAUGUUAACAAAUAUAACACAAAAUAAAAAUGAUAAAAACAAUCAACAUCCGAAUCAUACGUACUCGACAACCGAGCAAGCAAAUUUAGAAAAUGGCGAUUACAUGAUGAUGGUGAAUAAUUGUGCCGAUUUAUUAAGCAAUUUGCGUAUGAAGCACAAACCCGAUGACUGUGAGAAUAACUCCUAGUGUGUAAAUUAAACAAAAAAAAAAAAUGGAAACUCCAAAACAAAAUUGUGAAAAACACUAAUAAAUUUUAAAUAAAAUAAUUUAUAAAUUUUUGAACUUAAAACAAAUUAUACAAAAAAUUUAAGAAACAUUUUCUUUUUGUGAAUUAUUUAAACUAUUGUAAAAUAUUUAACAAACAAUUAUACACACAUAAAUACAUACAUACAUACAUAAUAAAAUUUAUAAUAAAUUUAAUAUUAUUUAACAAAAUAAAAAUCUAAAUAAAAGAAAACUAAAAUUAAAAAUAAGUUUAAAUUAAGAGAACAUUUAAGAGUUGCAAACGAAAAGAGAAAAAUAAUUGAAAUGUGAGAAAAUACUUGGCGCUGGUAUUGAGUUUUUCUUUUCUAAAGGAAAAGUUAUUCGUAACA